AUGCAUCAUGACGGGGAGAGUUCCUGGAGUGCUAGCGAAGGUGCGAAGACAACCGACGACCGUGAUUCAUCGGACGACGAGGACAGUGAGCAAAUCUAUGUGCCGAAGGAUCCGCUUGAGUGGGACGCGGAGCACGUGGCUGCGUGGGUGCUGUGGGUUUCGAAAAACUUCGACAUAUACCCGCCAAUCGAGCCUGCACGGUUCCCCAAGAGUGGCCAAGAGAUUUCCCAGUUUACGAAGGCCGACUUUUGGGUUUGUGCCGGCAGUAAGGCCGGCGGGGACACACUGGCGAAACACUUUUCGCAUCUGCUGCACGUUGGGACCGGUGUCGAGAAUAGGCAACUGGGCAGCUCCGAAGAGCCAGAACCCUAUCAACUACUUAAUGCUGCCUCGCACAGACUUGUAUCCCAAGGGGGACAAAUCCAGCUGUGGCAAUUUUUGCUCGAAAUGUUAGCCGACUCCUCCAAUGCCGUUUGCAUCUCAUGGGAAGGGACUAAUGGCGAAUUCAAACUAACGGACCCGGAUGAGGUGGCUCGGCGGUGGGGAGAGCGAAAAGCCAAACCCAACAUGAACUACGACAAGUUGAGUCGCGCCCUCAGAUACUAUUACGAUAAAAACAUCAUGACAAAAGUGCAGGGCAAGCGGUACACGUACAAGUUUGACUUCCACGGAUUGAUGGCCGCGUGCCAGGCACAGGCCCAGCUGACUGACGCCGGCACCAGCACCGCACAUGCCGCCCUCUCCUGCGGCUCCUUCAACUCCAGCCCGGCGUCAACGUCCUCGAUUAAAUCGCAGCCAACGCAGUCGGUUUCUGCACCCUCAGCGGCCGACGCAGGGCCCUCGACAGCACAGCAGCAUCCGUUUCGGACAUCCGGCGACAGCCCGACGGCAUCUAAGCCCAGCAGCAACAACGCCGCAGCAAGCAGCUCUCUGUCGAACUGGCCGCCGUACGGUGCCACAUUCCACGUUCCUUUUGGCCACGGCACCUCGCCCGGACCGGGGUCCGUGAUAGAGUCGGAUUCCAGUCGGGCCGGUACGUUAACGUAUACGGAUACCACGUCGACCCAUUUCCGCUAG